GUUAUAGCAGAUCUGAAAGACGACAAGCUCGACGCCAGUCGCAAUUGCUUUUGCAAUUUUGUUCAAGAUAAACCCUCUUUUGGAAGCGGACUGAAGGAGGGAAAUGUGCUUACGAAAUGGAAGACGAUGGCUCCGGAGUCUCUGUGUGUCCCCACGACGGCCACAAUCUCGGCCUCAGCCUAUGAGUCGACGCCGUUGGCCAGACUCUGCACUUGUCUGCAAAACUCCCUGGCCGAGAUUCGCAGAUAUGCUGACAUGGUGCCGGGCUUCUCGUCGAUGGUGCGCUCCGAUUGCGACACCGUCCUGAAACUGCAUGCGUUGGAUCUGAUGUCCUUUCGCAUGGCUCUGCGAAGGCUGUGGCUGACCACCAUGGCACCCACAGCAUUUUUGGAGCCUGAGAAUUGGGGACUGCGUGAUCGCAGUCCAUCCUACCGGUACCUCGAGUUGGUCAUAAGAUGUGCUUCUGACGAGAAUUGGCUCUACCUCGCUUUCGGCCCGUCGAACUCAAUCCGCGCCGGCAUCGAAUGCCCUCCGGACACGUCUUCUUCAACCCCAUCCUCCACCUCUUCCUCGACAACCGCCUCCUCCUGCAUGUCUUCUUCUUCUUCUUCUUCUUUUUCUUCUUCAUCUUCUUCUUCUGCCUCUUCUGCCAAUUCCUCCUUAUCGUCCUCAUGUGCAGCCUCUGCUCCGCCCUCUUUGUGCAACACUUUCUUGUUGCCUUCUGACCCCUCGACCUCUCACCUCAUUGGCUCAACCCGUACUGGCAACUGUCUUUUCCCAGGGGCCCUGGGCCCCGGAGAACUGACCAAUCAGGCGCCUGUCUGUGAUCCACUUCUACCGCCGCCCAGUUCAACUGGUCCAAUGAAUCGACACCGAUUGUCACAUCUGCGAGGCACCACGACAACCGUGACGACCAGUCGUGGCAGCGGUACCCCCACAGCCUCGGGCUGUUCAGCCAGUCUCCUCAUGCCAUUGCCCGUCUGCCCGAGACGCUCGCCAUCUCGCAACCAUGGCAACCAGACCUCGAGGUCUGGGAUAGAGGAGGACGAGGUGGCCGACUUGAGGGCGCCGCCUCUGCCCAUCUUCUACUCUGGCCUCUCGGGUUCGGGGUCCGUGUCCGGCUGCGUUUCCGAGUCCGGCUCGGACCGGAUCAACCUCUCGACGUCUUCGUCGUCCUGGCUCCCGGGCUCUGGCUCCGGCUCCGGCUGCAACGGGGCCGCUGCCAGACAAGCUCAACUUCAAGCGUGGAGCGCCGCGGUGCUGGUCUUCGAGAGCGGCGAUACCAUGAGCCUCGAGGAGGUGGCGGCCGCCGGACUGACCAGUUGGGCAGAGCAGUUGCGCGAGUUCGGACUCCGAUUGCGGCUUCUGGUGCAGGACGACUUGAACACCAUCGCCGGACUCGCCGCUCUGGUCUUGCUCAACUACAAGUCGGUGAAUUGUAAGUUGGCCGAUAGCGGCUGUGUCCACCAGGUCAAUUUGCCCACAAUCUUACCAGACGUCAUCGAAAUUAUACAAUUCUCGCGGUUCAAAAGUGGUUUGAUCUCUUUUUUUUCUUUUCAACUUGGUCCAGUUGUCAAAGCGAUCGCGUUGAAUGCAACUCGUUCACAAUUGUCUGGCGGAAGUGGGACUCGAUUUUUCUAG